CAACCGCAGCUGUACGGCACACAUUACGAGCAUUCCAGCAUGUCGCGCCAAAGCAUGGCGCCGCAGCGCAAUCUGUCACUUACCGAGGAGUUGGAGCGACUGGAGCAGUCAAUCACCCUGACGCUGCAAGAAAUCGACCAUAAUUUCAGCCGCGCACACCGAAUCGUGACGACAAGCAUACUUCCGAUAGUAGAGCAGUAUGGCAAGCAUUCCGAAGCAGUCUGGGAGGGAUCGAAGUUCUGGAAGACAUUCUUCGAAGCCAGCGCAAACGUCUCCCUCUCUGGCUAUGAAGCACCCGACCCCGAUGAGACCACGACGCAUGAAGAUAUGACGCAGCAAUCGCAGAUGUACGAAGACCAGACGGAAGAGGGGGACGAUACGGUGACGGGCGCAGUUACAACCCCUCAGCGACGGCCUUCUUCGCAAGCGCAUAUGGACGAUACGUCGGAGCUUGAAUCGCCUUCGCUCGCACACGCGCACAGUACCCCACGAGCGCCGACCAUGAGUACAGAGCAGCCCCAGUUCGCCGAGUUCUCUUCUCCGUACGAGAACCUGAGGCGCGAAGUGCUGGGGUCUCGAACGCCCAAGCUUGAGCCUACAACGCCUGGCAGGGCGGACGCUUUGCCAGACAUGACGGGACAGUUCGACUCUUCGCCGUUCGUUGCUCCGACGUCGACGAAGCGAGCACCCGUGGACCAAGGCCCACUGAUGCACCAUGUGCUCGAUAAGACGUACCGUAUUCAAGCAACCCCGCUCAUCAGUCCGCGCAAGUACAAGCCGACAGGUGCUUUCACGCCCGCGACUGCUCGCCGAGGUGCACCAACCCCUCGCGAGAAGACAAGCGCACUGCCCGACUGGGCUGACGAUUCAUCUCCGCCAUCUUCACCUGCGCCCCAGUUACGCGCCGACAUAUUUUCGCCCAUGAAGACUCCGCGCACACCUGGUGUCAGCGUGCAGACACCUGGGAAAGGGAAGCAAGCAUUCAGUGUCACGAAGACCGGAGGAAACGUGUUCGACAGCGACAGUGAUGAUGAGUUGGAUCUGGAUUUCUCUCCACCCAAGACUGUGCAAUUCCAUGUCCCACAGAGCAAGCUGUACCAGACUCCUGCCCGCGAAGCAAGCAGACGCAUUGUCGAGGAUUUGCUCUUAACAGCUGGAGGCGAUAUCACGGAAUCAACGGGCACGAUGGACGAGGACAGCCCUAGUGUGGUCCGGCGGCGGCCUGAUCUUGAUGAUUCCUUUUAGAAGCCAAUGAUACCCCUGUAGAGCGAGCGGUGUAUUUCAUCUUUGUGUAUACCAUAGCUCAAUGAAUACUUCGACGGUUGUACG